UCGUGGAGAGGAAAUUAAUAAAAAUAUACAAACGAUCAAGGCUGAAAUGUCAGAGGGAAAUAGUGAAGGACAAAGUGCAAAAUUAUCAAAAAAUACUUUGGCAAAAGGAAAGCCCAGUGUUGGAAAAGUGAAAACGAAAAGCCGUUCAUAUUUGGCUAUUAAAAAGGCAUUGGCUGAAGUUAGAAAAAGAAAGAAGGGAAAGGAAGAAUAGAUCCACCAUUCUUUGAGAAGCAUCAACAGUAGAACAAAUAUUCAAAUCCGCCACGAUUUCUUUAAAUCAUAUUUCGAAUCUUCUUGGGACCUAUUCUCUGCAAAUUAUGAAAAUUCCAGUUACCUUAUUUGGCAUGUAUUUACUCCUGUGAAAACAUGAUAUUCUAUUCUUUGUAUACUUCGUUUUCUUAGAAUAAAUCAACAUAGGAUAUAACAGGAAGGAAAUAUCGAAUAUUCAAUCUUUUUCUCAUUGUUAUUAUCAACGUCAUUCUGACCCAAAAUUAACUUUUUCUCUUUUAUUUGAUAAUGUUUCUUCGAUUAAUUUUUUCGUAAUCGUAAUUCGUAAUUUUUAAAAAAAUUUCGGAAUCGCAAUUUUUUAAAAUUAUUUAAAUUAAUUUAAAAAAUCAAAUAUUUUUAAUAAUUACUGCUUCUCCCAUUAAUCUCUCUAUUAAAUCAGUCUUCUUCUAUCGACAUAUUUGACGUUCUACUAAUAAUCUCUAAAGCGUUAGCUAUAUAUUCCUUCUAUCCAAAUCAGUCUUCUUCUAUCGACAUAUUUGACGUUCUAAUAAGCUCUAAAGCGUUAGCUAUAUAUUCCUUCUAUCCAAAUCAGUCUUCUUCUAUCGACAUAUUUGACGUUCUACUAAUAAUCUCUAAAGCGUUAGCUAUAUAUUCCUUCUAUCCAAAUCAGUCUUCUUCUAUCGACAUAUUUGACGUUCUAAUAAGCUCUAAAGCGUUAGCUAUAUAUUCCUUCUAUC